CGCACGUCUUUGAUGACCAGUCCUCAAUCCUACGGAUGUCGUAGUCGCCCGCGCAAAGUGCGAUUCAAAUGUUCGAGAAUAUUUACCACGUGACCUUUUGCGACGUCUACAACUCCGAGGGCCGAACAGACACAACGUGAAUUAGUUUUGACGAGUGUGGAGAAGCUUAUGAAAAUAUUUCACCAUGAAAGCCGAGGUGUCCACAGCUGUGAACUUUAUUACCACGUUACUGAGAAGAACAGGACUUCUGUCUGAAGAACAACUCCAACACUUCAGCCAUUCUCUGGAAAAGGCUUUAGGAGAGCAUUAUGAGGACCACUGGUUUCCUGACGCACCGUUUAGAGGUUCGGGAUAUCGCUGUAUCCGGAUCAAUCACAAGAUGGACCCGCUAGUAGGGAAGGCCGCUUACACCGUCGGCCUCAGCAGGAAGCAGCUUUUAUCCCUCUUACCCUGCCAGCUUACGAUGUGGGUCGACCCCUACGAAGUGUCCUAUCGUAUAGGGGAGGACGGGUCCAUUGGUGUACUGUAUGAGUCCACACCACCCCCGGAGACUCAUCUGAACUCUGUGGACAGCUGCAAAGAGAAACUGAGACUGGGUCACUCGAGGACUGUGAUUUCCAGCUAAUGACUCUUUUGUUUUAUACUUCUUUUUUUUUUUUUUUUUUAAUGAUUUUUGUAAAUUGGAUAUAUUUGGAUUCAAUAAUGAUUUUAAUGCCUUUACAAUUUUGUAAUUUUUUUAUACAUUUCAAUUAUAGAUGAUGCUUCAGUUUUUUUUCAUAGUCUUACAUAUUAUGCAAAUGAAAUAUAAAAUAUACUACAUAUACAGUAAGUACACGCUUUAGGUGUAACUGUAGCCCAUUCGUUGCUAUGCACAAUUUCUAACCCCUCUUUACCACAUUCAUCAGUGGGAACGGUCCAUCAUAGGACCAGAGUGAGCCAUGAGAGAACAUGGUAUCUUUGGUUUGAACCCACUCUUUGUUCAAGUGAUCAAAAAUAUCCGAACAGGUGAUUGACAGGUGUGUCUUGUUGCCCAGGUGUGCCCUGUUAGAUUGAUUCUUUAACAAUAACUCUGAAUGUCUACUCUUUGAGACCUUGGUUUCAGCUGUGAAGACUGUAUUUGUUGUUUAAAAAGUAUAAACCGACAUGAAGACAUUUAAACACCGACUCCUAUUUUCAUUGUCAUCACAAUUCUUUGCUUCCUUAAAUUAAUUAAACAUAACUGACUGUGAUAAGCCUUAGUAAGCUUGACUGUGGUGAAAAACCUCAGGCUCCCCAGUUGUGUGUUUUGUUACUGGUUUGAAAUAGUCAGUUAUUCAUUUAUUCAGACUGUAAUCGUGUUUGUAUUAAUUAUAUGAAAAUUCAUGUUACUAAACAGCAGUGUUAUUUUGACUCAAAGAUGUACAUGAUUGUGGAUAAUAAUGUGUUUUCUCAAUAUUUAAUAAACGUGCAGUACAGUAAAAAU